GGAAGAAAUUAAUUUGCUUAUUUGCUGAACUCUGAAGUUUGACGAUGCGCAGCCACACAAUUGUCAAAAGCUGUGUGUGGCUGUGUGUGAUGUCCACAUUUUAGUACACAUGAAUUUUUUACAUUUGCAAAAAGGUUAUGAACUUUGUACAGCAAAUUUUAUCGGAAAAACGAUAAGUAAAUAGUCACUAAGUAUGGCGCCUGAAAGAGUAGGUGCUGCUGGUGGAAAUCAGUUAAAAAAUGUACCAAAUAUUUUACCCAGUUUACCAGGUGCAUCAGCACCAUUUCCCUCUUCAAAUUUUCAGUCAGUAAAUCCUCCACCUUUGCCACCACGUCAACCAGUUCAAAAUUAUUCUGGUUUUAAUGACUAUCAAAGACCAUUUAGAUCAAAUUAUUAUGGUGGCUAUGGACAUGGUUACGACAGUCAAUACAGAGGAUUUGGAGGAUACAAUUCAUAUUCUAAUUAUAACAAUCUAGGAGGUUUUGGUGGACACAGUGGUGAUGUUGAAAACAGAUUUUUUCAAUAUAUAGAAGAUAGCACUAGACCAACUUUUCAUGUGAUUGAAACAAUCCUUCAUACAUUUUCAUCGAUGACAAUGCUCUUAGAAUCCACAUAUUUUGCUUUAACGAAUUCAUUUAGAGCAGUUUUGAGUGUUGCAGACAAUAUUGGAAAAUUACAUUCUUCUCUAGGACAAUUAUUUAGUACCUUUGCAUUAAUUAGAUUUGUAAAAUGGUUAUAUAGAAAAAUUGUACAUGGUGCUGGAUUUCAGGGUCAAGGUACAUUUAAUGACGAACUGUGGGAUAAAUCUUUAGCUAAAAUUGGAAAUGAAAAUGCUCAUAAUUCUUCUUUUUGGUCUGGGUUUCUAUUGUUUAGUGUAUUUUUUAUUAUACCAUAUAUGAUUCAUAAAAUCUCAAGGAACAUUAAAAAUAUCCAAACCAAAGGAAAAGAUCCAAAAGAAUGGCACCAAUAUGAAGAACCAGCUUAUAUUGCAACUGUAUUGUACGAUUUCGUUGCAAGAAAUAAUGAUGAAUUGAGUGUUAAAGCUGGCCAGAAACUUUGUCUUGCACCCCAGUCUUUGCAACCAAAAAAUUUACCAGGAUGGUAUCAAGCGACUGAUAAUGUAAAUAUUGGUCUUGUUCCUUAUAACUAUGUCAAAGUUAUAGGUCAAUUGAAAAAAAUGAAAAAAAAUAAUGAAGAAAUGACUCUGAAUAAAGAUCAACUCACUACAAGUGAAAAACAUAAACAGGACAACAAAGAAAAUUCUGAUGUCACAAAAAGUGACGAAAACAAGCAGUGAAGUAUGAAUAAUUAGAAUUUAAGCAAAGCAAAUUAAAAUAUUUUUAAUUACACUUUCUAAAAUAUUAAAAUUUAAAUGGCGUAUACAAUGUUUUGAAUUUAUAUUCCGUAAAGUCUCGAAUUACUGAUGUUUGUAUUCAUCAUAACUGAAUUUCUAAAAUAGUGGAAUUGUCUUACAAUAAGUUGUAAAAAAAAGAUUCAAUUUCACUUUUUUUACAGACUUGUUUCAAAGUUUAUAUCAUGCAUUUUAAGGUUGUAAAUUCUAUACAAAAAAUUUUAAAAGACAAAAAAACCAAUUAUUUAAGUAAUAAAAAUUAGGAUCCUGAAACACACAUAUGUCAGAAACUUAGCUAUAAUUGAGAUGAAACUGUAAAUAACUACGACUUUGGGUCUCGGAUUUUUAAAUAAAAUGUACUUUUUUUCUUACAAUAACAUAAUAUGAUACAAUAAAUGGAACUUAUUAUAUGCGAUAUUUAUAUUCAUACUAUAUAACUUAAUAAUUAAUUUAGUAGCCUGGUGUAUUUUAUUGUUAAAUUUAUA